ACUGACGAAGCUCAAUUGCGAUUUGCUGAUGAACGUGGAUCACAUGGUCUAGGACGCCUGAAGGUUUUAAGAACUUCAUCCAAAUAAGGUUCCUUCCCUUUAUCCUUUGAUGUGCAUUCUAGUAUCCUCUAACUUCCUCAUAGAAAAAUACAGCCAAUGGAAAAGUAGGGGUUGCUCUUGCUCAUACAUUGACCUCCCAACUUCAUUGAAAGACCACCCACUUAGCCAAAACCCUUUUGCCCUUGACACUAUUUGAGCCGGUCAUGACUCAUGACUAGGGGAGUUUAGUGGGCCGGAUACGGGCUGGGCGGAACCUAAGUGAAUAUGGGUCGGGCCGUAUAAGGGUCCUUUAAUAUAUAAUAUGGGCUUUAUUUGGACCAGACUCGAUAGGCUGGCCCGGCCUGACCCGUUUUCAUAAAUAGAAAUUAUUAUUCCCCCCAUUGAUUGAUUUAUAUUAAUUUGAUUAUUAUUUAUGAAAUGAAAGCCUCAAAGAGGUUCAAGAAUGAAAAACAAAAUGAAAAUCAAGUGCAAAAUAAAUACAAGUGUUUAUGAGGUAUCUUGGAUACGUUCCCCUCAAAUGUAGUUUAUUAUAUUGAAUUCAACAAUUACAAGUAUAAUAAACCUUUCCUUAUCUUGUGAACAAUCUCUCAAGAUCACAAAUACUUAGGUAAAGUAAGAACAUUCAAGUUUUUAACAAUGCAAUAGCCUACCCUCAAUAUGUGUUUGUGGUGAUCUUUGUUCUAUGAAUGAUGUAUCCUUUUAUAAAGGAAGAAAACAUCAUUCUAGAACCACAUCAUUACUCACCUUAAACUCACAUUUACAUCACCCAAUUAACUAUGACAUUUAACAUAGCAAUAAACAUAGCAUUAACCAAAGGAAUAUAAUGCCCAUCAGUGCAAACCGUAGCUCAAAAGUCCCAAAACAACAUCCUAGGGAAAGUGCUCGAACAAGCACCCUCAUCAGAACCCACUGGAAGUUCUGAAUAAUGUGCUCGAACGAGGCACUCCCUUCUGAUACCUUCUGUUUGCUAUUUUUGUGUUGCCUCGAGCGAGCGACCUUCAUAUCAUGCCUUGCCUCGUUCAAGGCAUGGUUCCACCAUUUAGUGAAGCCUCAUUUACCUCACUUUAAGCAUCUCAUUUAUCGUUUCAAACUCAAUUCACUUACACUCGACACAUCCUCAUCGUUCCUCUCCAAAGUACAAGCUAAGGCAUGUUCGAAUAAGUGUUCAAAGUUAACGUCAUUGUUAUGGGUAUUGGUACUUGCACUUACAGUUUAUAAUAAUUAAAUUGUAAAAAUGUUAAUAAUUCCCCUUGGCAUUGUCAUUUAUAAUAAUUGUCAUGGAGCUUGUUUUUUCUAUUUAUAAAGGCUCAUUUACGGCUCUUAUUAGGCCCUUUUAUUCCUUUUUCGGUCUGGCCUUUACAAAGCCCUAUAAAAACCGACCGGAUAAGAGUUCAAAAUAGGGGCCCGGUCCGUUGAACAUCCGUACUCAUGACUCAUGACUGAUCCAUCUCCUUAUCCCUGCAUCCGUUGUGGGAUUACUUUGCUGGGAUAACUUAUACAGUUAUGCCUGUAUCCCCAUCUCUUUGUCCUUGUUAAUAAAUGACAAAAAUGUGUUACUUGUUUCUAUGAUAAUAGAACUCUCAUUCACUGUGUUUUCUUCAUAAUUUUUCAUUAAUAGUUAAUUAAUACCACAUUUUUUUAUAGGUAAUAGAUGAGAAUUAAUUUUGUGCUGAAAAAUUGAUGAUUAGAGUAAGAUAAACAUUGUCAUCAAUCUUGUUAAGUAGAUUUUUUAAUUUUCAUAACCAUUCUCACCCGUUAAUACUAAUAACCAAAUGGGCUGUAAAUGUAUAUAUAACCUUAAUGUAUAUUGUAAUUAUUUUGUACAAUUUGCAUUAAGUAUGAAUUCAUACUCUUACGGCCUGUUUAGUAAUAUGAAUUAAAUGGUGGAAAUUAUAAUGGAAAAGUAGUAUGAUUUUAGUAGGAAAUUCUCUUGACAAGUUAAAUGCUUAUACAUGUUGUUCUCCAAUUAUCUCAUUUUUUUCAUAAAACUCAUUCCUAUGCGUUACCAUAUGAAAAGGUGGUAUUAGGUGACAAUAGUAUUCUUUUAGUAGGAAAUUCUUUUGGCAGGUUAAAUGAUCAUUUUUGAUGUUCUCCAAUAGAAAAUUGUAAACAAACAAUCUUUUUUAUGAUCAAAAUUUCAUUAUCAUGGAAUAACAUGGUAUAUUUCAUGAAAAUUUAUACUCACUUUACCAUCGUUUGGUACGAACAACCAAACGGACCGUUAAUAUUUUAUUAUUAGUUGUAAUAGGAUGAGAAAAUAUUUAAAUUGUGGAUAAAAUUUCAAAAAUUAAUUAUAUAUAUGCAUAAGAAUUAAAGAGUUCCAGAUCGAAUUCAAAAUAGAAUGUGGUAAAUCCUAUGAAAGAGCUUGAAAUAAGAUAUACUAGUAUUACACGACAAACUCCAUGAGAUCUUUUGUUACAUAUUGAAACUACCGUUAUAGUAAUGUGGAAGAUCAAAAAGGAACGGAGGGAGUAUUUUGUAAAAUAUUAUAAGUAGAUAUUAAGAAUAAUGUAAAUAGGUAUUAAAAAUAUAAUAAAUAAAUAUUAAUAUUUAAUAAGCUGAACUUAAAAUACAAAAUACGAACUAGCUCAUUAAAAGUGUUACCCUCAUUUCAAGACAGUGAAUACAACACGAGUAAUGUCGGGGGAUAUUAAAUGAUUUGAGCGACAAAUAUACACCACUAAUACCCAUAUGACAAAGGUGCUUAUCAUAUAGAUAUUCUGAUUAAAUCUGAAAAUGAUCAGUUUUGUGAGGCCCACAUAUCUUGAUGGGACCUACUAGUAUUUGUUUUUUAAUAAAAAAUUUAAUACAAAAAAAUUGAUUUUUUUAUAUACAAAUUGGGAGUUGGAUGUAUCUUGAUGAGAAAACUCUGUUAUAUUUUGAUUAACUCUUGAUGUUAAACAUUAUAUUUAAUUCGAACUUGUGUAAUUUACGAAAGGAAAAAAGCUAAGGAAUGUUUCUAGGGCGUCUUGUUAAUAAGAAUAAGAAUAUUUUAAAAACAUAAAUUAGGAAUUAAAAUAAAGAUAGAUAUAAUAUAAUAUAUUUUGAUGUGUGAUUUAAUGAUAAAUUUUAAAUUUUAUGAUUUAAAUGUUUUAAAUUCACAUAUAAUGUAAAAUUUAAGUUAGUAAAUUUCUAAAAUUAUAAUUACAAUUACUCUCAUAUUAAAAAAUCACAAUCUUUGUGCAAGUUAUUAUCUUUAUCAUUUAGGAGUAUUUUUAAAUCCUUCCUACUUUUAGCUUUAAAUAAAAACUGCAAUAAAUGAAUUGCCCAUGGUUGAAAAUAGGCAUGGAUAGGAAUACAUAAUAAUAAUACUAACGUAAUUGAUAGAUUUUUUAUAAUAAUUCUUAAAAUUAAUAAUUAUUUAUUCGUAUAUUAAAAUUGUAACUUUAUGCAAAUUUAUGGGUGAGUUUGUGAGAUUAUUUUAUCAACAACUACUUUAUUGACAUGAUUACAUGACUUAAAAAUUCAAUCAAAAUAAAAUUCAAAUCUUAUUAGUUAUCUCAGUUGGAACAAGUAUUAUGUGUUUUAGGCAAAGUCAUAAGAUAAAAUAUUAUCUAACUUUCCUCCCCUAAGCCUUAAAUAAUUAAAAGAAAAUCUAUCAAGAUAUUGAUAACGUUAUUGUGUCCACAUUCUAAAAUCAACAAAUCAUGAUAUUGAUGACAUUACUGAAACAAUCAUUCCAAAAAUAUAUACAUAGUUUCUAAAAAUUCACAAUUGAUACUCCCUAUGUUCCUGAAAGGUUGAUUCCACAAUGAAUACAUACUUUCAUUAAUAAAAAUCUUUUUGAUGGUGAAUAUAUUAUUAUAUUUUAAAUUUUAAUAUAUUUGAUGGAAGAAAAUAGUAGACUAUAAGCGAUUAAAUAAAUAUAUCGUCAUAUUCAAUAUUUGCUUGUUAAAUACUAAUCAUUGUUCAGUCUUAAUACGUGUUGUAUCCUUAAUCUAUAAAUUAAAACAUAGUCAAGUGGAAUUUUGAUUUUCCUCUCAAUAUAAAUUUUAUUGAUAUUAACUUUUUAUAUUUUUUAAUAUUAAUUGAUCAUAAUUAGAAAUUAUUACGAUUAUAAUGCAUUGGGUAGAACGCAAAAGGCCAAUGAGACAAUAAUAGAGAAUAGGAAAAAGUAUUAAAAUAAAAUUGGUGGAGAAAAUAUAGAAAUCAUAUAAUAACUAUUAAAUAAUGGAGUAUUUAAUUAGAUAGGGAGAAACAUAUGGGGACGAAAAUGUUAAAACCAUGUUGAUGGAAAAUAUGUGAGAACCAUAAGUGUUAUUAAAUUAUUAAAAUGAAAAUGAACAAGGUUAAUUAUGUUUAAAAUUUGUAAUAUAAUUAGAAAAAUUCUUUAGGAGAAAAAUAAAUAGAACUUCAAAUCUUUUAAACUAAUAAAUGGGAACAACUCUAAGAAACUAAGGAAAUAUAGUGUAUGAUUAUUGAAUUUCUAAAAUUAUCAUUAUAAAGAGAUCUCUCACACUGACAGCAAACCAGUCAUUACAUAAACCAAACCAUUCCAUGCUUCAAGCCAUACUUCAACCAUUGAUCUUAAACCAAAUUUGCAAAACCAAAUACAAGCAAUGAGUUCAUCCCCCUUCAAUGAAGAAGAAACAAAGCAACUUCUAGAAGCACAAGCUCAUAUACACAAACAUAUUUUCUACUUCCUUAACUCCAUGGCUUUGAAAUGUGCACUUCAACUUAAAAUUCCAGACACCAUACAUAAACAUGGCGAACCCAUGACUCUUUCUGAGUUAGCCUCAUCGCUUUCGAUUCACUCGAGCAAGGUUCCUUCCCUUUAUCGCUUAAUACGUUUUCUAGUAUCUUCCAAAUUCCUUGAAAAGAAAACAUUAACCAAUGGAGAAGAACGAUUUUCACUCACUUUAAGCUCUAAACUUCUUUUAAAUGAUCAUCCCUUAACCCUGUCUCCCUUUGCUCUUACAUUACUCGAUCCUGCACUUGUUAACCCGGCUCAUCAUUUGAGUAGUUGGUUCGAAACCGAGGCUAAAUCUUCAUUCCAUAUUGCUAAUCAUGGAAUGAGUUUUUGGGAACAUGCUAGCCUUAAUCCUGAAUUUAGUGAUUGUUUUAACCGAGCAAUGGAAUGUGAUUCUCGAUUCGUUACGAGCUUAUUGGUGACUAACAAGGAGUUUAGAGGCUUAUUUGAUGGGAUUGAAACGUUAGUUGAUGUCGGAGGUGGUAAUGGGACUACUGCUAAGGCCAUUAGUGUGGCAUUUCCAUGGUUGAAAUGUAGUGUGCUUGACAUGCCUCAUGUGGUUGCAGGGCUACAAGAACAGGAGAAUAAUGUUAUGUUUAUUGUUGGUGAUAUGUUUCAAGCUAUUCCCUCUGCUGAUGCUAUCUUACUCAAGUGGAUACUACAUGAUUGGGGUGAUGAAGAAUGUAUAAAGAUAUUGCAAAGAUGCAAAGAAGCAAUAGGGAAGAAGCAUGGAGGUAAAGUGAUAAUCAUAGAUAUGGUAAUGGACAUUCAAAGUGAGGAUGCUAAUAGUAAUAACAUCUCUUCUACUCACAUUCUCUUUGACAUGGAGAUGAUGUCCCUUAAUGGCCAAGGUAAAGAAAGGACUAAACAUGAAUGGGAAAAUCUCUUCAUUCAAGCUGGCUUUAAUGCCUAUCAUAUUCUUCCUAUCUUGGGUUCAAGAUCUGUCAUUGAAGUUUUUCCUUAGAAUGGGACAAGGACAUGCAUGAUGCAUAUUGUCAAAAUAAUCGGUUGUCUCAUUUUUUUAUUUAGUAACCUUUUUUUCUUACUUUGUCUUCAUGAAAUUUAACUAUUUACACAAUUAUUAUUGAAUUAUUUGUUUUCCGUACUCACUCCGUUCUUUUGCUUUUCUUUAUUAGUAAUAUAAUGUAAAUACAAUACACUUAUUUGUAUUCCCUUGUGUGUAUGGCGAUGAAAUUCUUUGCUUUGUUGAUCACCGAUUGGACUGAACUUGAAGAUUAGUUGCAACAAUAUGUAUCACUCGAAAACUUGAUACUUUGUUGUAGGCAUAUGGAAACUAAUCUAUUAUGAUAAUGCUCCCACAAAAGUACUAGGAAAUGCGUUUGAAAUUCACAAUGAAAUACAAAUAACACUAGAUACUUAGUACUACGUGAAUAGAAUGAAAUGAUUUUGUGACUUUUGUAGAUUAUGAAAAUAGAAAAUAGAGUUUAUAACUCUUUGGAUAUUCACGCAAAGAAGAGAAAGACAAUUAUGAACAUUCUAAAGAGAAGAAGAGAAACUAGAAAAUGAUUUUAAACAACUAUUCCCAUACGUGCAACCCUUUAUUUAUAAUAGAGAUUGCAUGCAUUCAUCCCAACAUUUCAACCAUAAAACUGACGUGAUCGGUGUACAAACUUAAUGGAACAAUUCUGUUCACCAGUGUA